CGGCCUCCCGUUCCUACGCAGGCACACAAGGCAUCCAUCCGUUCCUCGGUUCCUAAGUCAGCAGGGUUUGUUCAUCGACGGUCGUUCCUUUCGUCGUCGCCGGCAUGCAGCGGAGCAGCUCGUUCGGGACGUCGUGGGCGGACCAGUGGGACACCGGCGCCGACCCGAGCCCGCGGGCGCGCGGCGGCGGCAACGGUGGCGGCGACGGCAAGAAGGGCGGCGUGGAGAAGACCAAGGCGGCCGCGGCCACCGGGCUGAAGAAGGUCAAGGCCGGCACCGCGCAGGGGUUCCAGUGGAUCAAGGACAAGUACCAGAAGAAGAGCGCCGGCAAGAGCGGCAAGCAGGGCGGCGGCUCCGAGGUGGCCGCCGGGUACUGACCGGUCAUCUGAGACGUUUGGAUAUGUAUGGAAUCGUCAUGGACCGAUGAUGUUCUUAUAGUUUAUAAGUUCUAGAACUUUUUCUAAUCCCAACUAAAAAGUCUCUAGUGCUUAAAAAGUUCCUUCCUAUUUGUUUUCAGAGAUUAAAAAGUCCUUAGUCCCUUUCUAGAGAUUAUUAAAUGACCAUGUUGCUUCUAGUAUAUAAAAAAAUAACAAUCAAACAAACCAUGGGAUGGCGGGCCAUUGAAUACAUGGAGAUGCAUUGUUGAAAAAGUCCCCAAAAAGACUCUUCUUAAGAAUCUUCUUCAUUUAGUCCCAAGUGUCUAGUUCAGUCCCUAAAAUAUCCCUCCCGUUUGAUAAAAAAGUCUUUAAAAAAGACCUUUUUAGUCCCUACACAUAAAAAAGUCCCGGCAAACACAUCCCGUUAUUUUAGUGUUGUGCCUGCGGACUGCUUAGCUUUGCUCUGUUUUAUAGCCUUCUCAUGUACAUAAAUGAAGGAUUUGACUUUGUACUUUUUUUUUCUUCA